GUAGGGCGGAGCGGCUCCAGCCCGGCCCGUCCCCUCCCCGAGCCGCCGCCGAGCCCCGCUCUCUCCCCGCCGCCAUGACUUCCCUGACCCAGCGCAGCUCCGGGCUGGUGCAGCGCCGGACCGAGGCCUCCCGCAGCGCCGCGGCCGCCGAAAAGGAGCGGGGCGCCGGCGGCGGCCCCGAGGAUGAAGGGCGCCGGGACGAGUCCGGUGACGACGAGAAGGGCGAUUCCAAGGAAACGCGGCUUACCCUCAUGGAGGAGGUGCUGCUGCUGGGCCUCAAGGACCGUGAGGGUUACACAUCGUUCUGGAAUGAUUGCAUCUCCUCAGGAUUGCGUGGCUGUAUGUUAAUUGAAUUGGCAUUGCGGGGGCGUCUCCAGCUGGAGGCCUGUGGAAUGAGGCGCAAAAGUCUGCUGACGAGAAAGGUGAUUUGCAAGUCAGAUGCUCCUACAGGGGAUGUUCUGCUUGAUGAAGCUCUGAAACACAUAAAAGAGACCCAGCCUCCUGAAACAGUACAAAAUUGGAUUGAACUGCUUAGUGGUGAAACAUGGAACCCACUGAAGUUGCACUACCAACUACGAAAUGUCCGUGAGCGGCUAGCUAAAAAUCUAGUGGAAAAAGGUGUACUGACAACAGAGAAACAGAACUUCCUUCUUUUUGACAUGACCACGCACCCUCUCACCAACAACAACAUCAAACAGCGCCUCAUCAAGAAGGUCCAGGAGGCAGUUCUUGACAAGUGGGUGAACGACCCCCACCGCAUGGACAAGCGCUUGCUGGCGCUCGUGUACUUAGCCCACGCCUCAGAUGUCCUGGAGAACGCUUUUGCCCCCCUCCUGGAUGAGCAGUAUGAUUUAGCCACAAAGAGAGUGCGGCAGCUCCUGGAUUUAGACCCUGAGGUUGAAUGUAUGAAAACCAACACAAAUGAGGUUCUGUGGGCUGUUGUAGCAGCUUUCACAAAGUAACUGCAUUCAGACUGAAAUGUUCUCUCUUCUUUCAUGUAAACCAGUUUUUUCUCUUUUAUUGACUAUUCAUGUUUUCUGUAAUUUGUACCUUCUCACAUGAUGAAUCGGCUUUUGUUUAAUGGGAAUUAUAAGUGGUGUAUUCCCUACUUCUCUAUCUGUAUACAGGAUUUUGCUGGUACAAGAGACUUUCCUGUUUAAAACAACAGAAGAAGGGUGAACUGCCAUAUUGGCAUUCCAUUUCCUAUUCAGUUUGAGUUACCUUAAAUACUUUGUUUAAUUUUUCACCUCAUUGUUAUUGAAGUGGUUUGUCACCAAAGCUCCAUGUUGAAGUGUCUGUCAGGACAUUUUAUACACAGAUAUUUUCAAUUACAUAUAACAAAAUUACUUAAAAAGCAGAAAUGCCAUUAAGCAGCUUUGUCAAUAGUUCCUGUAAAAUGCCCCAUAAAUUUUAAUUUUCAUGCAAGUCUCUUGUGUACUUAUGUUUUCAUUAGAAUGAUAGCUGAGUCAUAACGCUAGUUUAGAAAGGUCCAAUUGUUUCAUAAACCAGUUUUGGGAGGGGAUACAUUCCAUUAUAUUGUGUAUAUAUAGUUCAAAUUGUAUAUUAACAACUGCCCCAUCUUAGUAUUUUGCAAGAUCUACUUACUUGUACACCUGGUGCCCCUUAUUUGCUGUCAGCCAUUGCCAUCUGAUGCAAAGAAAGGCCUCCUGCAGAGGUCCUGUGUGUGAAAGCUGUUUGUUUCCAGAGUCUCUGGAGUUUGCCAUCCAGGUAUUCUCAGUCUAUGCAUUGCCUUUAAAAAUUAGUGAAUGGAAAGAGACUGCUUUCUAUCAUUGGUACUUUUUUCUUUCCCUCCACUUCUGUAUGGAAAAGACUCAUGACCAGUACAAUUCUUGAGUGCAGUUUUUUGUUUUGUACACAAAUUAAUGUUUGUCUCAUAAACCUUGAACUAUUUGACACUUCAAAAACAAAAAGUCAGUCCUAGCAGGUGUUGCAUGUAAAUGGUUAGCAAGUAAUGACAGCAGUUCAGAGAAUUCAGAUAUCUGUAAUGGGAUGCUCUGCUAUAUUUUAAUUUUUAUAUAUACAAUUAUGCUGAUUAGCACACUAUUGUAAAAAAACCCAAAACCUAUAUGAAACCCUGGCUUUUUAAAAUUUAUUGCCUCUUUGCCGCUGCUUGUUAUUUCCCAUUGAUUUCUCAGUGUAAAUAUUAUGCAUUGAAAGAAUUAAGCAUUGAUUUCUAUACUUUUUUCAUCAUACCAAUGCAGAUUUAUAGUGGGGCUUACAGGUGUUUAGAAACCUUUUGGUUAAUAUUCAGAACAAGAAUACUAGAUGGUGUAUAACUGUAGAGUUGAAAUUUAAGAAAUCCCUUAAUCUGUAUACUAGCUUUUUACCUACAGUAAAUAAACUAUGAUCUUGAAAGUGCCUGAAA